AUGGAAGUAGAGGCGGCAAACGUUUAUACAAGAAAGAUGUUUAUGAAAUUUCAAGAAGAGUUAUUUUGUAGUCAAAAAUACAAGGCAUCCAAAUAUUGUGAAGAAGGAGUGAAGAAGAUAUAUAAGGUGGUAGCUCAUGGGAAAGAAAGUCCAUUUUAUGAAGUGUCACUGGAUACUGUUGAGACAAAAGCUAAUUGUACAUGUCAUAUGUUUGAGUUUGUUGGAAUUAUUUGUAGGCAUAUUCUUGUUGUUUUUGUGAAGAAAUCUCUUGUGCACUUUUUUCCAUCACAUUAUAUUUUAGAAAGAUGGACAAUAAAUGCCAAGAAGCGCAUUGUACAUGAAAUAUCUGGAGAUGUCGUACAGGUUGAGCCACAAAUUUCUUCUACCUUGAUGAGAAAUAGUUUGAUGCUUCAAUUUUUGGAAGUUACAGAGGCAACAUCACAGUCAGAGAAGAAGUACAAGCAUCUUGGACAAACUUUACAAAAGGUUCAUGAGGAGCUUCUAGGCAUGCAAGAUGUUUGUGAUGUUGAUGAUUCAAGAAGUCUUGAUAAUACUACAUUAAACAAUCAAGUAUUAUCAAAUCUUCCAAUUGCUUUGCGAGACCCUUCACAUGUUACUUCAAAGGGAAGGCCUAAAGCUUUGAGACAAAAGCAUCCAAGAGAAAAACAAUUGACGAAGAAGAGAAAGUGUAGCAUUUGCAAAGAAACGGGUCAUGUGAGAAGCAAUUGUCCGUCACAUAAGCAUUUCAGGGAAGUUGCAAAUACAAGCUUGACACCACACUGGGAGUUCAUGCAUCAACAAAGUCAAACUGAGGAAUCUUUGAUAGCAAGGUUGAACCCAUUAGUAAUAGCAAAUACAUUGCACUCCACAAGUUUUGUACAGGAUUCUUUGCCAGCUGCAAUGUAUCCUUCUACAUCAUCAUCAUCUACUAUGCAUAUACAUCCUAACCAGUCAUCAUUUAUGGAUCUAUUACAACAAUUCCAAGAAAGCUGA